AUGACACAACACUACAGCCCACCAGCUGCAGCUCCCCGACCAAAGCAAGGGCCUGCACCUCUCCACAACUUCCCAUCUCUGACUCCCUCCCCCUCCUCUACCACAGCGACGAUUCUCUCCAUCCUGGAGAGGGACGUCAACAGACUCUUCAGGAGACAGAACCCCCGCAAAGCAGCCGGGCCAGACUCUGUCUCUCCAUCAAUCCUGAAGCACUGUGCUGAUCAGCUGUCUCCGACCAGUGUUGUGCUCUUGCUCCAUAUGUUUACUAGUAUUAACCUGCAGCUGAAGAUGAUGGAGGCUCCUGUGUCUGCUAAUGGUUCGGACUGCCUGGUUAAACAGUCAGUGCAGAGGCCAGGCUCUCUGCUCCUCCUGCUCCCUUCCUUCGUUACUGCUGCUCGCCUCUGGGCUCAGGUGUCUGAUGCGGAGUUUCAACAGCAUCUCACCAAGGCAAAGGAGCAGCAAGACUCUGGAGUUCUGCAGUCAGCCUGCCGUCUUAUCAGGGACGUGACAGCAUCUGGAACCAGCUGACGGACUCCAUGCAUCGCCUCGGAGUUGUACGUGGUUUCUGCAGACGUUUCUCUACAGCUGGGUUAUUUGGAGAUAAGCGCAGCGUGUCUAAAGAUGUACUUUGAAGAGAAUCCGCCAGCUAAUCAGUCUUUGUGUCGAGCUUACCUCAGUCAGGGCCAGCUGAAGUCUCCGCCGGCCACUGGGAGCAUGGAGGACUUUGAGGAGGCUCUGGCAUCUUUUCUUAAAGCCAUUGAAAUUUCAAAGAAUGAACCAAGAUUCCACUUCAUGGUGUUCAAUGCCUCAGUGCAGUAUUUCCAGACGGUGUACCCUCUCCUGCAGCCAGGGCGGUGCCUCCACCUGGUUCCCUCACUCAGGCAGGUGGUACAAGGUCUGGAGGAGGUGGAAGACGAAGACCACAGCUGGAGGGCUGAGCUCAUGAUGCACCUGAUCGAAUGUCUGGUCGACUCAGGGGAAAUGGAGGAGGCUGCAGAUCUGGCCAAAACUACAGAAGAAUUGAUCAAGUGUCAAGCCCCACAUCUUUAUCCAAGACUCUUUAUGAUAAUGGUUCAACACAAACUGACAGAGGGUGAUGUCAUCAGUGAGAUGAGCAGGAAGGAUAUCAACUUAGCAGUCAUUUACAAAUUACAAGAAUUUAAAAACAGAUUGAAUGAAAUAACUAAGGACGAGCUGAUGAAGGAUUCUGUCGAGCUUGAGGAGAUUUUCCAUCUCCUUGUGGAUUGUACGAAAGUGUCCACUGCGCCCGAGAACCUCAGUGCUCUCCACAGUGCAAUCCCCAUCCAACCAGCUGACAGAGUUGCCUUCCUCCUGGAGUUGGCUCUGAUGGCCUUGCAAGUGAAGCAUCAGAAAGUAGCUGCCGACUGUUUGAAAGAGCUGAAGUUGGCGAGAGAGGCUAGUACUGGCCAGCGCAUAAUAAUGGAAUGUGUCAACAGUGAAAUCAACCGCCUGAAGAAAGAGGCAAAGAUAAAUGACUAUUCCAAAGCCAACGUGGAGGCCUGGCUGAAGGAGAUAGGCAGGCUGGAUCAGUGGCUGCAGAGUGCAGUGAGAGAGGGCGACCCUCAGGCUGUGCAGGUGGUGUGCGCGACCCUGUGGAGACUCUGCCUGCCCCUCCUACAGCACAAUCUCAGGAAACACAUCAAGACACCCCUGCUCAGAGUGGCUCGAGUACUGGAAGACGCGCAGAGUUCGUUGCUGGAGAUGCGCUGCCAAGUCCACUCAGAGCUGGCUGUGAUAGAAGAGGAGGAGGGAUGCCUUGAGGCCUCUUUGACUCACCUUCAGAAAGCCAUACAGCUGGAUAACGGGACCCAAAGUCAGCGCCUGUCGUGGGCCUUGCACCUCUUGCAGCUCAGAAAGACACUCUACCAAGCACCGUCCCGGACCGAGGAUAAAGCCGCCAAGCUUCUGCAGCAGGCCAGGGAGAUGCGACCCCAAGAUAAGUCAAACAUCCGUCCCGUUUUGGUUGCUGUUGGUCUCCAUUUGGGCCCUGAUGAUUUCCAGACUGUGCUGGACGGAGACAACAUCUCAAAAAUUCCUGUCAGCCAUCUUGCAUCAGGAUCAGUGGCUCAGCUCUCAGCUAAGGCUCAGCAUCACUCUACAUGUUUACAGAAGGUGGAUGGACACCUGGCCAGACAAGCUGGUGACACCGACAACAAAGAGAGGAUGAAGCUGUGGGCAACCCUGGCUAAGACAGCCAGGAAACAGGAAGUUUGGGAUGUCUGCCGAGCUGCUUGUCGAUUCUGCUUGCUUUAUGAUGACGGGAGAUGGAAGAUUUCCAAGGCUGACAAGACGGAUGAGUGCAGAAGCUCGGAGGAGGAGAGCUGUGCAGAACCUCUCCACAGCUGCAGUGAAAGACAAAACACUGUGAGGGACCACCUGCGGCUUUUAGCUGAAAUCCGCUUCAUCAGUGCUGAGGCCACUGUCCAAAAGCUGUUAACUGAGGGCAUGCAGCUCAACAGCCCAGCUGUUCCCCCACAGGAAAGAGGGGUCUAUGUGUCUGAAGAGGAUCCAGACUGGGUUAUUUACAGAGACUGGAUUCAGGCUCUGUCCACCUACGCCACCUUUAACUUCUUGCGGGCAGCAGAGCUCGGAUCGGCGAUCGGGGAAUCGUGGGUGGUUGCUAAUGCGGCCAUUUACCUGUGGAACUACAACAGCCAAUUGCUGGCAUCUGGAGAGUACCAGCACCUGCUUCCCUCCUUCCAGAAUCUGGUGGAGAUGCUCCAAAAGAUGGAGUGCCCUGGGAAUCGUGCCCUGGUUGUGCUACUGUGUAAUGCUGUGGCCCGGGGGUUGAUCCAGCCUCGGUGUGGAACAGAGAUUGUUGAGCCAACCUUGCCAGUUGACAAGGGCAAGAACAAAGGCGAGAAGCGGGGGGAGAAGGCAGCUGCUGUUCAUGGGGUUCUUCCAGAUCAUGCUGCCCUGGAGAAUGUCCGCAAGGCAUUGGAGCUGUGUGACUACGCCUUUCAUAUAUCCACCUGCAACGUUCCAGGAGAGGCGGUUCCCAUCGCAGCAAGGAAACAGGUGGUGGCCACAUGGGUGCACGUCAAGUGGUUGUUGCAACAGCAGAUUGGAAUAAAGAUUGAUGUCAAAGAUGAGUGUGUGAAUGAAGGAGUGUCGGCGAUGACGCGCGUGCUGGUCGGAGUGGAGAUGCUCCAGUGCAAUAGGAACCCGGGGCAUAUGGAGUUCUCCACUCCCUGUCUCCAAACACUGGUGGGCAUGGCGACAGAAUGCAGCUGGACGGAUGCUGUGGUUGAGUUGCAGGUGUGGAGCCAGCUGGCUGCCUUCUGUCACUAUGCCAAGGACCACAGCUUGGUGCUGUGCUGCAGCAAGAGCGCUCUGCAGCUGGAGGAAGCCGCAGCAAAGACCAUCAACACUAUGCCCUGUGCUCUGUAUGACCUGACUGCCGUGAAUGAGAUGCUGAGCCGUGCAGCCUGUUUUAGGGGUCUGAGUUUAGUCGAUGUGUCCAAUGGAGAUCUACACACCUACAGAGAUGCCAUGAAGGUGCUUCUAUCCAGUGUCAGCUUUGCAGAAAAGGCAAAGAAUCCUACAUUGUGUGUCACGGCCGCCAGACAUUACUGGAACUCUUGUGUCCCCCUGACACAGACUCCUGAGGGAAGACGUCAACUCCAGAAUCCCUUGGAGGAGAUUCUGAAUGCUCUGCUCAGUACCGCUACCAAAUAUGCAAAAAAACCGCUUGCACGGAAAGGCUUGCUCACCUUGACAACACUGACUCCUGGGAGUUCUGAACCUGAAGGAACAGAUGAAGAGGACCUAAGCCUGAGAUCAGCCAUUUACAGUUUGUUGCUCCAAAUCCGUGCUGAUAAAAGUGACUGGAAAAGUGGUCUGCAGCUGCUGGACAAAGCUGAAAGAGACAUGCCUCCCUCAAAACACAGCCUACCUCUGCUGAAAAGUCGCAUACUGGUGAAAGCACGACUUGGAGAAAGCGUUCUGACGGACAUGGAGAAGCUUCAUGAUGAAGGAGAGCAGUGCUCAUCUAUGUGGCAUCAGGUGGCACUGUGUGCUGUCAAUAGAACCCAGCAGCUGACCGGCUACCAGAGAGCCAUCACAUCUCUCCAGUGCUCAGAGACUCAGUGGCAGAAGGUCAACCUUUUACUUGAGUUUGGAGAGUGGCUGCACUGUCACAACUUCCCCAAAGCCGAUGCCCAACACCAGGUUCAGUCGGCGAUAGAUAUCCUGCUACAGCUAGAACCUGAACAGGCAGAAGAAGCAGACAACAAGCCCAAAACGAAGGGUUUGAGUGAAGUGGAACGUGAGCCUCUGUUUGCAGUCGAGGGCUUGUUCAUCCAAAAUCUGUCCAAUCUGAAAGGAGUGCAACGGCUGGACUGUUUGGUGCGAGCACACACUCUGCUCGCUGUCAUGACGGACAGAACAUCACCUGAGCACCAGCUUAACCUGCUCAGAGCCUACACCUUUGUGCUUCAUAUAUGGAGGGUUUCCAUGGCUGGGCUUUCUGGGCUUUCCAGUUCCAGGGCAAAGAGUCCGCCCCAGCAGCCUGAUGGAUCCAAAAAGGUCAAAGACAAGGGCAAGAAAGUUUUAAAAGUGAAAGACGUAAAAGAAACAACCCCUGCAGACGAGAGAGCUAAACCUGGCGUCCCGGUUCAGGCACUUCCCUCCUCACCGGAGGACUGGGCUCGUUACAGCUGUCUGGACCAAACCAGGGAGAUAUUCAGAACCAACAGUAGCCCGGACUGCAUCAAUACACUGUGCAUCACAAAGCAGAGUCAAAGCUUGUUUUAUCUCAACCUGCUGGAAAAAGAGCUUCACUCGCUCUCGCUGGAUCACAUGACGCUGCCCAUACUGCAUCUAGCUGAGGUCAUAGCUCAUGACCUUCUGGAUAACAGGAGCCUCUCCUAUGUUUACCGACUCAGAAUUCUGAGGACGUGUUUUCAGCUGGGCUUGGAGACACAUUCACCAUAUCAGCGGAAGCUUCCCGAUUUGUGCAGAGUCCAGGAAAAAGAGCAGAUGGAGUGCCACAAAACGAUUGCUUUUUCAAAAGAGAGAGAAGUGUAUUUCAAAGCUAACAAUCAGAAAGCUAAGAUAGAUGAACGUGUCAGUCCUGGGCGACUGAGGAUGGACAUGUGUGCUCAGGACAUUUGGCUGGACAAAGCUGAGGUUCUCCUCAGCAUGGGGCUCUGUCAACCAGCCAGGCAGCUCCUGGCAGAGGCUCACCUAAUGGCAAGCAAGUCUGGGGAUCAGAAAGCAAUGGCAAGAAGUUUGCUCAGUCUGGCCUCUUUGGCUUGUGAAGAGCAGAACCAUGGCAAAGCUCUGAUCCUGCUGGACGAAGACCAAGCCCUCGGUGGGGAUGAAGAGUUCUGGUUCCAGCUAGCCCUAAACAAGGUUAGAGCUGUAGCAGGGCGGAGACACCAGGAUGCACAAACCAAGGUUGAUCAGAUUACAAAGAUUACAAAUCAAAGCUGUGGAGCUCUGAAGCAGAUCUUGGAGCAGCAGGUUAACAGAGUGUCAAAGCUCACCUACUUAAUCACUUCAUUAGAGAUGAGAGGUGCUAUGGAAUGUAUACGUGCUUUUGGUGGUGGUGAACCUGGAGAGACGCUCUGCAGCGAGGUCGUCCAGAUGCUCACGACUGCCUGUGAUACACUCAGAGAGUGUGCCAGCAGUUUCACUAAGCUCAACUAUAGAAAACAGGCAGCAGAGGCCCAUGCAGAGUACGCACACGGUGUGAGACUUGUAUCCGACCAUACAACUGAUAAAGAGGAGAAACAGCACCUCCUGCUCGAUGGCCUCUCUCAAAUGGAGCUAGCUGUCACCAUGCAGGAACAUGUGGUGCUGAAUGCUCAGAGCCUGCUCCCCCCACAGGAGGAGGUAAAGAACACUCCUGGAAUUUGGCUGGCAGCUAGGCAGAGGCUGCUGUGCCUGCGGCUGGUCCUGGCCGAAUAUUGUCUGGCCAUGCUGGAGGAGCGAUGUGCUGAGGACAAAUGCCAAGCUCUGUCUCGUGAGAGGAAGACGUCUGGUGAGAUAGCAAUGGAGGAGUUCACACGCUUCACACCUGAGCCAGGCUCUGUACAACAGCAAUGGGUGAGUGUGGGCAGUACCCUGGGGCAGGUGGCUCUGGGCCAGUUGGCUGCGGUCAGCUCUCACUCCUCGGACAACGCAGAGACCAGAGCUCGCUACCUGAGUCUGAUGGGAAAGGGCCAGAGACUGAUGGCUGUGCAGGAGGACCCCCUUUAUCUCUAUGCUCUCUGGGACAAACACAAGCAUAAGGAGGCCUGGUCUGACCCAAGAACCAUUUCUGUCGAGGAGGAGAAUUCAGAGAAGGAGAAAGACGGAACGGAGCAAAGGAAGAUCUCUGCCAAAAGUGCUGAGCUGCAGCAGAGAAGGCAACAAGCCCAGCAGCUGUUGGCACAGGCCACUAAAGCACUCACUGAAGCCAUCGACCUGUGUCUUCAACAUAAGCUGCCAUCUUCGAUCCUGGCUGAUGCCUCUAUCAACAUGUUGGAGUGUCAGGGCCAGAUGGAACCUGCAGCGACAGGACAAUAUCUCGCCCUGUUUCAGAGCUGCUCCUCUGUUGCCAUGAUGGCCGAAGUCCUGAAUUCUGCCUGCACUGACACCAGUGUGUCCCAGCUCUCAGCUCUGCUCAACCUCCGCAGGAAACGGCUUGGCUUUCAGGAGGAGAGGCCCAGAAGCAUGCUGAAGGGAGCAGAGGACUCCCUCAACAGCCUCUCCAAGGCCUUCAGCCAGCUGACAAUUAAUCCCAAACACCUACAGAUCCUCGCAGAGCUCCCAUCCAACCUGAAAAUCCUGCUGCUUCAGCUCUCUGAAGAUUGGUCUGAGCUUUAUGGGGCUUUCUAUGAGAUGACCAAACCUCCAGAAAAUCUAAAAGGAAAGACGACACAGCUUACAGGUAACCUGGCGUGCUCUAGAGUGGCAAAGGUUUCAGUCAGCCCAGAGGCUCUGCUGGCACUGAGGGAGCAGGUUCGGGCUUUAGGUCAGGAGAAGACACAUGCCCCACUGAAGGAAGCCGGUUGGCAUGGUGCUGAGGGCAGAGUGGAGGCCUCUGAGAAGCAUCACCUCGUUCCUCGGAAAACUGAUGACGAUGAAAAGUUGGCGCCUCACUUCUGCAAAAUUGUACAAGAAAUGGAGGAUUAUUUGAAACCACUGCUCACACAGUUUGAUUCUUGUUUAAGGCUCCAGGAAGCAUCAGUACCAUGUCUUGAAAUGACCAAAUCCAAAGAUAAAGAAGACAAGGCAGGCUCAGAUAAACUACCAUCAGAAGCAGGGGAGUACUUGGUGUUGCUGGCAGACACAAAGUUGCUGGGGUUGCCACUGGAAUCCCUGUCCAUCCUGCGGAAGGACAGCUUGAGCUCUGUGUCACGAGACUUUUCCCUCCAUCUUCUCCACAGUCGACUGAACAGAGAACAACCAGAUAAAGUUGACAACAAAAAGGAGACCAAAGGUAGCGUACCAACUAAGGGGAAGGGAGAUCAAGGCCAAAGCAUCAAAGUGGUAAGUUCAGUAAAUUAAUCUGGGCCUCCCAGCCAGAUCUCCCCUGUUGACACAUGCAACUUGAAAUAUAUUGUCGACCCUGACAAUGUGGGAAUCUUUGAUGGGACCAGUCUGAGCACAAGGAUGAAGGAGAUAUUGGAAACCCACAGCAACCAACUCACCUAUCCGUGGGAGGGCUUCAUGGGCAGCAAAGAAACGCCCAGUCCGUCCGAGAUGGAGCAGCUGCUUUGCAAAAGCAGCGCCUUCAUUUACCUGGGAAAGGAGCGCUUCAUGAUAAAUGUUCCACCUGUCAAACUAGCAGCCCUCAAUCUAUCUGAGUGCCGGAUCGCUCUGCUCUUUGAGCAGCUUCUGAACAACAGCAGCAUUCACUGCAACUCAAUCCUCGACACGCACAGGAGUGGAGGAGAUUUUGCCCUGGAGAAACCCCUCGAGACGGCUCUGCUGUUGAGUCUGUGUGGUGUCGGUUGUGUUGUCCUCAAUCAGUGGCACAGCAGUCUUCAACAUAACACGCACAAUAUGGCCACUGUUCUUGAUAAUCUACUGGGGGUGAGACAGACCUCAGGUCAGACCAUCCACACCUUGAGGAGAAGGAACAGUUCAGACAUCCCACAAUGCAAGGACAAAGGAUCACAUGCCCUGACCAGGAAGGUGACAGGAACAACUUCCAGCGAUUGGAGAAGAACCAACGGGCAGGAAGGAGGAAGCGUGAGGCCGAUAGGGAGCAGCAUGGACCUGUGCCUGGCCGAAAGAGGAUAG